UGGAUAAGGUGGGCAAAGUCCUGGUGGUAGGACUCGAAAAGAUCUGUUGGAGUCGCGUCCAUGGUCGUACUGCGCAGACAGCAUUUCCUGUUGGCGAUGUUUGUCAGGAGGGGUCGGAGGUAAACACGUGCAAGCGUCACCGCCGCUUCCGUUCAAUACUGCCUGCCCAUCAUUUGCCAGUGGGCGCUAUGUUCUUCUCUUCAUACGCACCAUGCUGAGUAGCGAUACCGACCUCGUUGCCGUUGCCGAUGAUGAGCUCUUUCGGUAUGGACAACGCGUCAAAGACAAGGUGAUACUCAUAGUGGGGGCGUCGAAAGACAUCGGUAGGGAAACCGCUAUUCGCUUUGCAUUUUACGGAGCAAAGGUCGUUAUCGGGGACCAAGACGCAUCGAAGGCCCAAGACAUUGCCCAUAAAAUUGUAGCCGCCGGAGGGGUCGCAAUGGGCACUUGGUGUAAUGCUACUGUUUGGGAUGAUGUAGUCACGGUUUUCGAUUUGGCCGUCAAGACUUAUGGCGGGCUUGACAUCAUUGUUGCCAACACCGGAGUUCCCGAGGUCGGAAAAUUCAAGCAAGUAAACUUCGACAGUAAUGGGAAGCCAGUGAAACCCGACCUGACUACUAUUGAUGUGGACUUGGCUGGUAUCCUCUAUGCUGUACACCUGGCACAGUAUUAUCUCGCUCGGAACCGUCAGCCUGACGACUUGAAAGCCCUUGUGGUGCUUGGAUCUAUGGCGUCAUGGCAUGGUUUACCUCAAGCUCCUCUAUAUAGCGCGUCUGGGUGUGCGAUUUUGGGUGCCAUACGAUCUUUAUAUCUUGAUUUCGAACACAAAGAUAUCCGCACAGCCGUUAUAAGUCCUUCCUACGGUGUAUCAGAUAGCGAUGGGUUCCUAUCACCUGCAGAAGCGUCCACAAAGGGUCUUGAGCUAUCACCCAUCAUCCGUAUCGCUGGUUCAAUAUUUUAUUCCGCCACCAACCCAGCGAAGAAAGCCAAUGGACGAGCAUGGUUGAUACGUCACGAUGGCCCACUUUACAUGGUUCCCCGAGAGGAUUUGGACAGAGGUGUCUUCCGAGCGUACAACAAGAGGUUCAAUGGGUUGAUCGCCACUCUCAACGCUGUAAAAGGUUUUUCGCGAGGUCCCGGCGCGUAUUUUUCAUGAAGCCGUCAUCGGUCAUAAUUCUUUUAGGUCUUUUCGGGUUAUACGCUUACAUCGCUCUCUUGUGAUAAUAGCUGCGAAUGAUACAAUAAAAUACAGGGGGAUCCUAAUAAAGAUACAGAAAAC